AUGCUCUUACUUCAAAAAAAUUUUGACCUGGUUUUUCUAUCGGAAUCUUGGCUGAAUUCUAGCGUUGAAUUACCUUCGCUCUUGGGUGCCGUGAACUCUCAGUAUAAUUACGUUCGGUGCGAUCGCGCUUAUAAGAGAGGCGGAGGCGUUCUUAUUCUCCUCAAACAAUCUAUCACAUAUAAUUUAGUUUUUAAAGAGUCGGCUAAAGACGCUUAUGAAAUUCUGGUCAUUGAUGCUUUUCUUGAACCUCAUCGAACUCCGUCUUGUAGUGCUUAUGCGACUUCGUUGUUAAUCAAAGCUAUCAGCGAUUUUACCUCUUACAACGGUCACACUGUCGUUCUCGGUGACUUUAACAUGCCAGAUCUCAACUGGAAAAACGAUUUCCCUACCGAUACUCCUUCGAAUGAAAUGAUCGCUAUGUUACGGUCACACAAUCUCAAACAAUUUGUUCAGAACCCUACCCGAGGUGACUCCUGUUUAGACCUUUUGUUCUGCAAUUCUGAUUCACUUGUAAAAAAAGUUGUGGUUAUGCCGCCUGUUGGCAGUAGUGAUCACGCGUCUAUUGAGUUUCAGAUAAACGCUUCAAUGUCAGACUUCAGUUAUUGUGAAGUGAGAGAUUUUAAAGCCGCUGAUUAUGGGGCAAUAGGUCAUUACCUUUCUGAAGUUGAUUGGAUUGGCUCUUUUGCAUCCGUGGAGUCCGUCGAUGAAAAGUAUGAAAUGUUUAUUGCCAUUUUGCACGAUGUAAUUAAUAAGUUUGUGCCGUAUCGCAGAAGCAAACGCGGUCGAUUACAUCUUCCUGCGUACUUGGUCAGGAUGGUUUCACGGCGCAACAAACUUUGGGACAAUGCUAUUAGAGAGAGGAGCGAAUCCUGUUGGGCUUCUUACCGUGCGCUCAGUAAAAAACUUGAUAAGGCCAUCGCAAAGUUUUAUUCAAACCUUGAGCGCAAACUCGUGAAUUCGGGUGACGGUUCUAGCCUGUAU